AUGUGCUCUAGGUAUUGUAAUAUGGACUACAUUUUGCUUUCCGCCCUAGCCCCGCUCCUCGUCGCGGCUGUUUUCGUCUCUUACGAUAUCGCUUGCCAGUUCAAGCUCAAGUUCGCGAAGCAUAUACCCAAACUACCAGCAGCAAUACACCUCCCAUCUUCCAUCGCCGUUGAAUGGGGUAUCCCCAAGUGCCAUUGCCCUAUGCACAAGGUGCCGUGUCAGGCACCCCACUCCUUAAACUUCAAAUCCGGCGUUGGUCGAACUGAUGGCAAGGGAAUAGAGCAGAGUUGGGCAGAGCUGAACCGAGUGGCCAACAGCACAAAAGAGAUGGGUCCUGGGUCUAGGCAUGAUAUGCUCGACGAUCACCUUGGACACCACAAUUUCAGAAAAUAUGUCGCCCUUGGUACGCUUUCCCUUCAUCUUGCAACUCAUCUGGUUCAACCGUUUGAUCUAGGCCAGACAUUACAUACUCGCCUUCUACUCGCAAUACCUGAACAGAAGCGUCAACAAUCUAUUUUUGAGGAUUUCAGUGCUUCGUUGGCGGAGAAAGGGGGGCUGGAGAAAGAAUGGACCCAGAUGAUAUUGGAUUGGGAGAAAGACCCCAAGAAGAAAAAUCCAUAUCUCUCUGUGGUGUCUCAUGCAUCUCAGGAUGAGGUAAAGAAACAGCUGCUUGAGGAGGAAAAAAAGCAGGCAGCGGCGGGUAUGCCCCAGCUUCACGACACCGGACCGACAUCAUUUCUUUCUAUGGGCUUAAUUAUCGAGGAAUCACAACAUAGAAUUAUUUGGGACUCAAGAAACCCUGCUGAGCUCACUAUUCGACAAGAGAACGAGUUGCAACGGCGCCGCCUGCUGCUCCAACGCGAAAUCAAGCGCUUCCGCAAUCUUCAAGCACUCUACAUGCCGGCCGCUACCGUGAUGUCCGUGGAGCACGAGUCAAUUCAGAGAGAGCUUCCCGAAACCCAACGUGACAGCAUCGAACCUGAGCAUCAACCCCUUUGGCUCCCCUCGGCUCUUCCUUCUGCCCAGCGCACCCACAACUGCAGUACGGUGCUCGUCGACAUCGAGAUAAAACUGUGCAAAGCGCAGUGUCAUGACAUAUUGGACAAAAUCCGAAAUGUGCAACGAGGCCGACUCGCAUUCAUUGGCUUCCGUAAUCGCAAUAUUCGGGGACAAAACCCAAACACAAGGGCCAAAGAUACUCUUGAUCGCCUGGAAGACAAAACGAAGUCUUUGGCUGUGAAAUACCGAAACAGCCGGAAGGCACUGCUGGAAUUAUUGGGUCCGGGGGAGUGGGAGAAGACCCUGCGUAAAUUGAGCAAAGGGGACCUCACCACCCCCGAUGGUGAGGAGAUCAGCAUCUACGACCCAAAUGAUCCAGUGGGCCUCGAUGGACGUGAACGAUCGAAAAAACAGCGCAAGAUCGACAAAUUGGGUCUUGGACAAGGGAAGAAGACUGUCUCGUGGAUUUGGAUGAGCGCGGACGCGAUCGGGGAUGGUAGCGAUGCAGAGCUACAUGAAGCGGUCCACAUUGAAUGGGCCAAGGCUCGCGCACGAUUUUUGAGGUGGACAGAGGAGGUAAUGUUGUUGAAGGAAGAAAUGCGAAGGGUUCGCAAGACGUUGGAGUGGAGGGCUAUGUGGUGGGAACAGCGUCGAGAGGGAUGGGAAAGUCAGGAUGGGGCGAUGCGUGAAGGUAUAAGGGCAUACGCGACCCGGCAGGCGGGUAUACAACGUGGUCUUUGCCUUCGCUCUACACGGCUAUGGGAUAAGCCACUCGUACCAUUUGGUAGCCAAGAGGAGAGUAACGAGGGACCUGGUUCUGCUCUGGAUCCCCUCCUGGAGUCCCUGGUGGAAGAGGACGAGUAG